AUGCAUCACCUAGAGUAUGCCAAGGACAGGAUCAUGAUGGGAAGCGAGCGCAAGUCAGUGGUGAUACCUGAUCAUUCCAGGAAGAUGACCGCGUACCAUGAGGGAGGGCACGCUCUUGUUGCUAUAUUCACAGACGGUGCUGAUGCUGUCGACAAGGCCACCAUUGUUCCCAGGGUGGGUGCUCUUGGCAUGGUGAUGCAGCUGCCAGGGGAAGAUGCCGAGUUUGAACUCUCGAGGAAGCAGAUGCUGGCGACUCUAGAUGUCAUGAUGGGCGGGCGGGUGGCCGAGGAGCUUAUAGCCGGAGAAGGCAGGGUCACCACUGGUCCCUCAACUGAUCUAAGCGAGGCGACUCAGCUGGCGACUGACAUGGUCACCAAGUAUGGCAUGGGCAAGCGGGUGGGCUUUGUUACCUAUAGCAAUGGCGGUGAUGCUAGCGGUGGCAAGGCGACGAACAUGAGCGGGCGGAUGUCAGAACUGGUUGACGAGGAGGUGAAAGAUUUACUGGACAACGCUUACAAGAACGCCAAAGCGAUUCUCACGGAUCGUAGGAAGGAGCUUGAUGCGCUAGCCAACGCCCUCCUGAAGGAUGAGACUCUCACUGGUGACCAGAUCAAGAAACUAGUAACAGGAGGUGGAAGUAAAUGGUUUUGA